AGAGAGAGAGAGAGAGAGAGAGAAAGGUUUUCUACUACUCCUUCAUCCUUACAAUGCCUAAGAGUGACACAUGGCCGGGUGGUGUCGCCAUAGAGACAAUGACUGGCAUGGACAGCGCAGGCAGCUGUGACAGUGUUAUCAGCAUGAACUCUGGAUUUAGUGACGAUAGCUUUGAACACCUGUCUGCUGAGGAGAGGGCAUGUCUCAUGUUCUUGGAAGAGACCAUAGAGUCCCUAGAGACUGAGGAGGACAGUGGACUAUCCAAUGAUGAUCCUGACCGCCUGCCCACCCCUGGCAAUGUGGCCACCAAGAUGGCCCACCUCUCUGCCUCCAUGGGCCAAAACAAACUCAACAAUGUAUCAAAAUAUCCCAGAGAGCAGAACGGUUACCUGGUUCCUACUCCAUUCAUCCUGGCCAACAGCACCUCCUGCAUCCUGCCAAAGGCUAGGCCAGGCAUACCCCAAGAUAAGGAGAACUCUCUCUCAAAGCCCCAGGUCACUGCCUUGGACAACAUGCCAUGUCAGGGCAACCACCCUUGUUUACCCCCUGAGGUCAAUGUUGUUGUGAUUCCCCCUCUGUCAAAGCUCAAAGACUACCCUGGUCAGAGACCACCUACUUCACCCAGAGGCCCUCUGUCCUAUGAAGCCCUAGUGCAGCUGAGGAAGAGUGCCUCCAUGAAGAGAACUCCUCAAAGUCCCACAGCUGAGACCAGAGACUGGAACAGGCAGCCCUCUGCGUCAGACAUACCCAUUCACCCGCAUCAUGGAAGCACACCCAGAGGCUGCUCAGUCACCCCAUCCCAGGGGAUACUCCCCCGGGAGCCCAGCAAGCACAAGGCCAGUCCUCCAGUUGUGUUCCCAAAACCCCCCAAAAUCCCUUCCCACAUUGCUGUGAAUACCCAAAGGGAUACUGCUAACCCCACUACGACCUCCAGUGCCCCUUCCUUGGGCUCAUUGCCCAGGGACAGGCGUUUGUCGGACCCACAGAAGGUGAGAAAUGAUGCCUUACAAAAGCUGGGGCUCCUGAGAGACAAUAAUGAGUCCCAACCUGAGCAUGUUACGCCACUGUGCACCCCCAAAUCUCACUCCUCCUUGGAACUAACUUCAGCCCGUGUGGGAGUCAAAUCUCCACCUCAUGGUAACCCAACAAGAAGCCAGCCCUCAACUACCUCCCAGGGACCCAGAGAAUCUAACAGCAAGCCAGUAAAAAGUAGCAGCAGCUUCCUCCAUCGCUCUAGUGAGGAGCAGCUCACCGCCCCCCUCUCACACCCGUCCAAACCCAGUGGGGUCAAAGCUGCCACCCUGGAGCGCUCAGGGGUGGGGCUUGGGAGCUACAUGGCCGACCAUGGGAUACAUCCUGAUCCCCGCUCUGCCACCCUGGACAGCCAGAGGAAGGGUGGACGUUGCACCCCAUCUGCUCUCAACAAAGCCUCAGAACAGGUGAAAACAACCCCCACUGCUCAGCCAGUGUCCCCCCUCAAGACCCUGCACUGCCCAGGCUUCAGUGUGGUGAUGAUGCCCAGCAUGGGAGAAGACAGACGAGAGGCACUUAGGAAGCUGGGGCUGCUGAAAGACUAGGCCCGGAGAGAAGGCAGCCAAGAUAUCUGCCCAGUGGAUAAACAGAUAUACAGAGGGUAUCAAAUGAAACAGACUUCCACCACCAGGGAAGCAGAAAAAAGUGGGGAUUGAACCGAUUUCUGUAAAUAUUUUGAGCAUUGACAAUGCUGGCUUUUCAGGAAAGACUGGCCUCUUUCUUCCAUUUCUCUCUUUAAGAGAGUAAUUUCAUUUAAAUUAUUUGAAUUCCAUUUUGUUCCGUUUUAUUCUUCUUCUGUCAGCUCAAUAUAAACAUUGCACAGUUUCUCUAGCGAUAAAGCAGAUCAAGCCUGAACUGUGUGAAGCCUGAACUGAACUGUGUUGGGAGUUGUAGUUUCCAACAGGCCAAUAUUCUACAUAGUUAAGUGCAGAAAACAUGGUAAUUAACUACAAUGAUGAUAAUCCAUUGCGCCUACUUGUCCGUCUGUUUCUUUUAUGCCUGUUACGUUGAGUUAGUGUGUGGCAGACACAGAGGUCAAGAGAAGAGACAGAAGAAUGCUCGAUCAGAAGGGAUAGAGAGUAGUUGCUUCACGAGUUACAUCUACCUAAAAAUAUUUGAUCUAAGUAUGCCUUAUUUACUUUGAAGAACUACUAAAAUAGUGAUUAAGUCAGACAGCAUAUAGGCAGCAGCUCUAUAUGAACCGAACCGACUUCAAAAAAGCACUAAUUUACUGUUACCGCAAUUUAAUUUUCAUGUCAGUUGUUUAACAACAUUAUAUUUUUACAUUGUUUAUAAAUAAACAAAAAUACAUAACUAAAAUGUAUUGGUUAUAUAAGUAUUCAACCCAUAUGUUAUGAAAAGCCUAAGUAAUAAUUCAACCACAAAAACCAGAGAGGUUUUCCAAUGCUUUGCAAAGAAGGGCACCAAUUGGUAGAUGGUAGAUGGGUAAAAAAAAGCAGACACUGAAUAUCCCUUUAAGCAUGGUAAAGUUACUAUUUAGGCUUUGGAUGGUGUAUCAAUACACUAAGUCACUACAAAGAUACAGGCGCCUUCCUAACUGAGUUGCCAGAGAGGAAGGAAACUGCUCAGGGACUUCACCAUGCCAAUUGGGAUUUUAAAACCGUUACAGAGGAUAAUGGCUGUGAUAGGAGAAAACUGGGGCCAGAUUAACAUUAUUGUAGUUACUCCACAAUACUAACCUAAAUGAAAGAGGGAAAAGAAGAAAGCCUGUACAGAAAAAUGUGUCAAAUGAAUUCACUUUUUGUUCUGAAUACAAACCGCUAUGUGUGAGGCAAAUCCAACACAUCUCUGAGUGCCACUCUCCAUAUUUUCAAACAUGGUGGUAGCUGCAUCAUGAUAUGGGUAUGCUCGUAAUUGGCAGGGAUGGGACUUUUUCAGGAUAAAAAGAAAUGGAGCGGAGCUAAGCACUAGUAAAAUCAUAGAGGAAAACCUGGUUAAGUGUCCUUUCCACCAGAGACAAUUUCCCCUUUCAGCAGGACAAUAACCUAAAACAAAAGGCAAAAUAUACACUGGAAUUGCUUACCAAGACUACAUUGAAUGUUCCUGAGUACAGUUUUGACUUAAAUCGUCUUGAAAAUCUAUGGCAAGACUUGAAAAUGGCUGUCUAGCAAUGAUCAACAACAAACUUGACAGAGCUUGAAGAAUUUUGAAAAGAAUAAUGGCAUAAUAUGGCAUAAUCCAAUUGUGCACAGCACUAAGGGGCCGAUUCGAACCAAAGUUAAGCGCGCGUAAAUUGAACCCGCUAUUCAUUUGGUGAAGAUCUAAUAAAUGAAGGUGUGGCGGAUUUGUGUCUACAGAUAUGGCGUAUUCUGAUCUUGAUUUAAUUCCCUAAUAAUUCCACCACAUUUACACACGAGAAAACCAUAAAUAAGGUCUAGCAAACUGACCAAUUCCAAGUGGAAAAAGCAUCUACUUAAUUUUUUUCCGAUAGAAAUAAUACUAUUUUCCAUGCAAUGUAAUUUACAACUUGUUAAGAGCUAUUGAUAAGAUCUAGGUAAAUGAGUAAUCUGUUUGGCUAAGGGAAUUGUAAAUAUAAAUUACACUUGUUUUAGAUCUAUUUUACCUUAUAAUCGCUGGAGACAAAUGUGAAACCAGUCAUAUGGCAGCAAAAAGGAGCAUAUCAACAUACCCACGGUAAAGUUUAUGAAUUGUUGUGCCAUUAUGCAAAAUGUCAAUUGUAAGGGCUUUUAACUUGCAGGAAUGGGCACUCUCGAAUGUGUUAAUUAUAGGCUACCCAGACUUUCUCUGUUUCCUAUUUCUAGCAUUUUAAUAGCCACUAUCAGUAUUGUCAGUAGGCAUAAUAACCACACAUAUUCAACUGUCAAUUUCCUGUUAGUUCCCUUCAGAUGGUAAAGCCUACAUUAUCAUUCCAUUUAAUUACAUUGUUUAGUUUACCUUCGUUGCUUCCUCUGUAUACGCCGUCAUGGCCGUGAGGUUGUUGCUGAAGAUCAUUAGUGACAAUUGAUGAUACUGUAUAUAAAAAUAAAUGUAUGCUAAUUAAUUCAUAAUGGAGCAUCGUGCAGACCAAGCCGUAAGGGUUUGAACCUGGCUGUGUCACACAGUUCCAUGGUUUGUGUUCCAUGGUUUGUGCAGGCAAUAGACGAGGGUAUAGCCUACUAUUGUACACUAUUCUCCCUAUUGUAAUUCUACUGUAUAUACAGUAAUCUUUCAACAUUAUCAUGGAUUGAGGAACUGAAUGUGACAAUUUUCAGAAUGAAUUAAACCACCAUUUUCUUUCUUUUGUGCGUAAAGUCUCUCCAAACCUGUUUUUUGUGAUUCUAAAGUAUUUUCCUUAACCUAAAUCAUCUGCAAGAUCAGAGUAUUUUUUAAUCUACCAAUUGGUGCUGAAACAAAGAAGAAUAUGCAUAUAUUUAGAUGGCUUUCAUUCAUUGAUACCUAAUAUUCUGAAGCCGUUCUCUCGAUAUAUUCUAGUGAGUCUGUCAACAAAAUUCAAACUUAAAUGUACACUGACUUUAAAGGGGUGGCUUAAGAUAAAUGUACUGAAAACCCUAUUGAAUGAAAACUCCACGAGAAAAUCUGUUGGCCAGCAAGUGGGAGGAUUUUCAGGGGUUGAAUUCAAUUUAUUCAGAGCGCACAAGGCAGCCAUACCUGCAGAGGUAUGUCUGAACACCAAAUACUGAGAAGUAUUUGUAUUUGUAUUCCUAAGUAUUUCCUAAGUCUGAAUCGGCCCCUAUGAGACUUACCCAAGAAGUAUACCCAAACGUGUUCCAGUAAUCACUGCCAAAGGUGUUUCUAAGAUCCCACUGGGCAAAAUAGUUUGAACCCCCCAAAAAUCUAUGUGAUAACAUUGAAUCAACGUGGAAAACGAAUUGGAUUUGCAAAAAGUAAUCAAUGCAAGGACAUUUUGUUUAUAUAUUUGGAAUUCACAAAGUUGACAACUCCACCAAAUGUAAAUCAAAACUGACGUCUGUGCCCAGUGCGGUGUAUUGUCUCA